AAGCGAAAAUCAUUUAAAUUAUACUUAAACACUAUUUGGUCUGUGGUCACAACUUAAUACUUGAAUUGCGUAAUAGACACUCUCUGGACACAAUUUAAUGAAGGGUAAGAGUAAUCCAAUUCCAUAUAGCGUUUCUAAAUGCGAGUUUAUUGCUCCCGGCUUAAAUUUAAUGGCUGAAAUCUGAAAUUUAACAGAUUGCGCGCCUAUUUAAAAUGUUAUUAACUUUGUGUGAAACUGUAUAGGUUGCAGUAUCUGAAGAUGUUCGAAAGAGCUACUCUUUUAAUGACUUAAAUUGGCAGCUUCAAUAUUUAAGCUUAAUUUUAUUCAUUAGUAAAAUAAUUAUUAAAAUAACAACGCCCAACUGUGUGAAAGGAUCAGCCAAGUGACAAUAAAAAGAAUCUAGAUCACAAAGACUGGUCCUUAUUCUGCCUCCACGCUAAACGCAGAAGCGGCACCCGAAUCACGCUCUCGCCGGAGACAGCAGAUCGCAGCUCGCUGCCGAGCGGGACGCCUGCUGCGCUUGCUUUCCGCUUAUUCCGCGUCGAUCCGGCGCUCGUCCGGCGGCCGGAGAAGCGGACCUUCAUCCCGGAAGCAGCGGCCUGGUGGGUGGGGCUAAAGGCGAGACGCCGCAACGUGUUGUAGCGGGACUCUCGGGUAAACACACGUACGGCUACGGUUUAAUAAUAAUAAUUAUUAGUAUUAACAAAGAAACAGUACGAGCCACUUUGACAUUCAGGUCUCCGAUUCCCGCUAAAGAUGGAUGAGUGCCUCUGACCAUAGUCGCGGGCGGCAUAGAGGAGAAUGGGCACAGUGUCCGGGCGCUGGGGGAGAUGUCUCUGGGCCGACUGCUGCGACGCGCCUCCUCAAAGGCCUCCGACCUCCUGACCUUCGGCUCCGGCUCAGGAGGCUCCAGGGGCCUGCUCGAUGGGGAGAUCAUCUUCUCCAAGAACAACGUGUGCGUGCACCCCAGCGAGCCGCUGCCGGGCCUGGCCGAGCACCAUCCAGGUUACCUUUGUGUGCACAUGGAGAAGGAUGAAGAGCUGGGCACCACCCUGAUCCUCACCUGGGUGCCCAACUCCCGCAUCCAGCGGCAGGACGAGGAAGCGCUACGCUACAUCACCCCCGAGAGCUCGCCCGUGCGACGGAACCCCCGACGCCGGCCUCGCCGCGCGCGCUCCCGGCCCCCACCCACUUCCGGGGAGGAUGAGGAUGAGGACGGUGCAGAGGACGGGCAGACUCUGGAGGGGCAGGGUGCCGAGCCGCCGCAGCUGCUGGAGGAGGGUGACGAGGGCUCCUGCGAUCUGUCCGCGGACGAGGUCAGCCGCGACAGCACCCUGGGAUCCGACUCGGACACCUUCUCCUCGCCCUUCUGCCUGUCACCCAUCAGCGAGGCCCUCGGCGAGAGCAGCAGCUCUGUAUUCCUGGACAACGAGAACCGGGAGAUGUGUGAUGAAUCCAUGACCCAUUCAGCUAGCUCCGCCUCCAGUCUUGACAGCCACGCCCCCUCUGAGAACAGCCAAUCACAGGGAGUUCGGUGGGAGGAGCAGCAGAAGGUGCUUGCUCUGGAGCAGCUGUGUGGGGUGUUCCGAGUUGACCUGGGUCACAUGAGGUCACUGCGGCUCUUCUUCAGCGACGAAGCCUGCACCAGCGGCCAGCUGGUCAUCGCCAGCCGGGAGAGCCAAUACAAGAUCCUGCAUUUUCACCACGCGGGUCUGGACAAGCUGGCUGAGGUCUUCCAGCAGUGGAAAUGCUGCCGUGAGACUCAGGCCAAGGAGCAGGUGUCGGAUGAGAAGUCCUGUAUGCAGUUCUCCAUCCGGCGGCCCACACUGCCCUCCUCAGAGACGCACCCCGAGGAGCGUCUGUACCGCCGGCUCGACGUCGCCACCUGGCUGCGGCACCUGAACCACAGCGGGCAGGUGGAGGAGGAGUACAAGCUACGCAAGGCCAUCUUCUUCGGGGGGGUCGACCCAACCAUCCGUGGGGAGGUGUGGCCCUUUCUGCUCCGCUACUAUACCUGUGACUCCACCUCGGAGGAGCGCGAGGCCUGGAGGCUGCAGAAACGUAGGGAGUACCAGGAGAUCCAGCAGAGGAGGUUGUCCAUGAGCCCAGAGGAGCACAGCGAGUUCUGGCGGAAGGUCCAGUUCACUGUGGACAAGGACGUGGUGCGGACCGACCGCAGCAACCUUUUCUUCAGGGGCGAGAACAACCCCAAUGUGGAGAGCAUGAGACGCAUCCUGCUCAACUACGCCGUGUUCAACCCAGAGAUGGGUUACUGCCAGGGCAUGUCGGAUCUGGUGGCCCCACUGCUGACGGAGGUGCAGGACGAGAGCGACACCUUCUGGUGCUUCGUGGGCCUCAUGGAGAACACCAUCUUCAUCAGCUCACCCCGUGAUGAGGACAUGGAGCGGCAGCUGAUGUACCUGCGCGAGCUGCUGCGACUGAUGCUGCCGCGCUUCCACCAGCACUUGAUGCAGCUGGGUGAGGACGGCCUGCAGCUGCUUUUCUGCCACCGUUGGAUGCUGCUGUGUUUCAAGCGGGAGUUCCCCGACACCGAGGCGCUGCGCAUGUGGGAGGCCUGCUGGGCACACUACCAGACAGACUACUUCCACCUGUUCCUGUGCGUUGCCAUCAUCGUGCUCUACGGUGAUGACGUCGUUGAGCAGCAACUGGCCACGGACCAGAUGCUCCUGCACUUCAGUAACCUCUCCAUGCACAUGAACGGGGAACUUGUGCUGCGGAAGGCGCGGAGUCUGCUUUACCAAUUCCGCCUCCUUCCCAGAAUCCCUUGCAGCCUGCAUGACCUGUGCAGGUUGUGCGGCCCGGGCAUGUGGGACAGUCGCUACAUCCCAGCAGUGGAGUGUUCCGGCGAGCACCCAGACUCGCAGAGCUGCCCGUACGGAGGCACGGCCACGCCACAGCCCCCGCCCUCUCCGCAGCCCCCGCCAACCCCUGAAGGCAAGAGGGGCUCCAAGACGAGGGAGAUUUUCAGCUUCCGUAAACAGUCCUGAGUAAGGUUAACGAGAAGUACUUGGGACCACACCAGGGGACAGCAGAACAAGGCCUCGGUGCUUCAGCUACGGGGGGCCUGGAGGAGGGGGACACUGGCAUUUUCUCCUCCCGCUUAACCCCACCCCUUCACCCCACUCCUUCCCCAUACAUUCAGCAUGAUAAUUAUUUUUUUUAUAUAUAUAUAUUAUUUUUUGACCUUGUUAGGAUACAAGGUGCUACCUUAUUAAAAUCCACUGUUUUGGGAACAUCAGCUGGCAGUCUGUCCCAGGGCCACAGUCCAGCUGUGGAGGAGGCUGGCUGCUGCAGGAUGUUGUCGUGAGAAAGUCUUCGACAAUCUUCACUGCCCCCCGAUCCAGCAGGGCAACUCCGAUGGUGUUGCUGAGAUGCUGAGAGGACCACACGCCGACCCUGACCUCUUAGCUGGUUAGUGUGCAUUUCAAAAAAGUGCAGUACAUAACCGUACCGGACUCCUGACACAUGUGGUCCCCCAUUUCUUAAAAAGGUCAAAGCGAUUGGAGUGGCAGUAUUCUCACAAUUCACUGACCUUUUUAUGUUUGUUUCUUUUUGCAUGGGAAAUGGCACAAUUUUGGUUUCAUUUUUGUUAUCUCUUGCAAUAAAACAUUCUGAAGGAAA